CGCUUUUUUUGGCCCCGUGCGUGAUCAGAGCUAACUUUACUUUUAUUUUUUCGUCGUUUCUAAUCUACUUCGACAUAACAGCUCGCGGGACGGAUGUAGAAAAGAGUCGAGAUGUUUUAAUCCAGCACCGGGGGCGUUUUUUUCUCUCUCCAAAUAUUUCACUUUUGAGUGAAGAAACUCCGACCAACUUUUUGAGAAGUUCCCGUUCGAGGAGACGGCUGGACGGAGGGCGCGCGGCCGUAUGUGGAUUUUUACUGAAACAUCAUGGAGCAGAAACCCGGUUUCUCCGUGGGAACAUCUCUUCUCUGUGCUCUCUGCUUCGUCCCGCUGUGCCUAGGGCUGCAAUGUGUGGACAAUAAGGCGCCCUGCAUUAACAACGCCACAUGUGUGACCUUUGAUAAUGGCACCGAAUAUUGCAGGUGUGCUGCAGGAUUUUUGGGCGAGUACUGUCAACACGAGGACCCAUGUCAGCCGGGCCAUUGUCUGAAUCGGGGCACCUGCUCCGUGUCCAUGCCAAAUGGUGUACCUGUACCAGGUAGUGCCCUGUGCACCUGCCCUCUGGGGUACACUGGAGAACGCUGCCAAACGCCCCAGAACUCCACAUGCUACCCCAACAACCCCUGUGCAAACGGAGGCGUCUGCACCCUGCUGUCGCUGGACAAAUACAAGUGUGAAUGCGCCAGAGGAUGGACAGGUUCACAUUGUGAACAUGAGGAUAGCUGUCUGUCCGGUCCCUGUGCCAAUGAAGGAACAUGCAGCUCUAAGUCUGGUGGCAAAUACACCUGUAGCUGUCGUCCUGGCUACAAAGGUUCCCGCUGCCUCAACGACACAGACGAAUGUGCAGAAACACCCUCCCCCUGUCAGAACGACGGCACGUGUGUCAACACCCCCGGCUCCUUCAAGUGCGUCUGCAAAGCCGGGUUCACGGGCCGACUCUGCGAAAGCUCCUACGUCCCGUGCUCGCCGUCCCCGUGUGUGAACGGAGGCACCUGCCACCAGACCUCCGAAACCAGCUACUCAUGUCACUGCCUCCCAGGUUUUAACGGAACCAACUGUGAGAACAACAUUGACGACUGCCCUGAACAUCAGUGCGGCAAUGGAGGAACCUGCAUGGAUGGAGUUAACACCUACAACUGUCAGUGUCCCCCAGAAUGGACUGGUCAGCACUGCACAGAGGAUGUAGACGAGUGCCGGCUGCAGCCGAACACCUGCCAGAACGGGGGCACCUGCCACAAUGGCUUUGGGAGCUACAAUUGCGUGUGCGUGAACGGCUGGAGUGGAGUGGACUGUUCGGAGAACCUCAACGACUGCGCUGAGGCGUCCUGUAGCGAGGGCUCCACCUGCAUUGACCGCGUCGCCUCUUUCAUCUGUCUAUGUCCCCGUGGGAAGACAGGGUUGCUCUGCCACUUAAAAGAUGCCUGCAUGAGUAACCCAUGCAGAGACGGCUCGCAGUGUGACACCAACCCCAUCACCGGCAACUUCAACUGCAACUGCCCGCCUGGAUACAUUGGCAGCACCUGCAACAUCGACCGCGACGAGUGCAGCAUCGGUUCCAACCCGUGUGAGCAUGGCGGCCAGUGCGUGAACACGGACGGCUCCUUCACCUGCAACUGCGCCAAGGGUUACACCGGGCCUCGCUGUGAACAAGAUGUCAACGAGUGCGCCUCGAACCCCUGUCAGAACGACGGCACCUGUCUGGAUCGCAUCGGGGACUACACCUGCAUCUGCAUGCCAGGAUUCAUGGGAAGUCACUGUGAGAUCGAGGUGGAUGAGUGCCUCAGCUCCCCCUGUUUGAACCAGGGCAAAUGCCUGGACCAGGUCAGCCGCUUCGUCUGCGAGUGUCCAGCAGGCUUUAGUGGGGAGGUGUGCCAAAUAGACAUAGACGAGUGUUCCAGCACGCCAUGUUUGAACGGAGCCAAGUGUAUCGACAGACCCAAUGGAUACGAUUGCGAAUGCGCUGAAGGGUUCACUGGUCUGCUCUGUGAGAAGAACAUAAAUGACUGCAUCCCCCCACCAUGCCACUAUGGCGUGUGUCGAGACGGGAUCGCCACCUUCUCCUGUGAGUGCAAUCCUGGAUACACUGGAUCCAUUUGUAACAUUCAGGUCCAGGAGUGCCACAGCAACCCCUGUCAGAACCAAGGACGCUGCGUUGACCUAGUCAAUGCCUACCAGUGCAAUUGUCUGCCCGGAACCUCAGGUGUGAACUGCGAGAUCAACGAAGACGACUGCGCCAACAACCCCUGUGAGCACGGGGAGUGCCAGGAUGGCAUCAGUGAAUACAAAUGCGUGUGCUCACCUGGAUACACAGGACCCAAAUGUGACGUGCAGAUCAAUGAGUGUGACUCAAACCCGUGUAUGAGCGGAGGGACCUGCAUGGACCAGGUGAACGGGUUCCACUGUGUUUGUCCCCCCAACACCCACGGCCCGCUGUGCCUGUCCGGGACAAACCACUGCGCCCGCCAGCCCUGCGUGCAUGGAGAAUGCAUCGAGCAGCAACUGGGGUAUCGCUGUGAGUGUGAAGCGGGGUGGGUGGGUGCUCACUGUGAGCAAGAGAAGGACGAGUGUCAACCGAAUCCGUGCCAGAACGCUGGGAACUGCGUGGACAGACACAAUGGCUACACCUGUCAGUGCCAGCCAGGUUUCACAGGUAACAACUGUGAGAAGAACAGGGAUGAAUGUGCUUCUGCUCCCUGCCUGCAUCACGGCGUCUGCAUCGAUGGCGUCAACAGCUACACCUGCCGGUGCAGCCCCCCUUACACCGGUAAACACUGUGAAGUGGAGCAGGUUCCCUGUGCCUCUCAUCCGUGCGAGAGCGGCGGAGUCUGCCUUCCGUCUGCAGAUUACUCCUCUUUUACCUGUCGGUGUCCGGCUGGUUGGCAAGGUGCUCGCUGCAGCGAGGAUGUGGACGAGUGCCUCAGCAGCCCCUGCAGAAAUGACGGCCUGUGUGAGAACAGGAGGGGAACCUACGUCUGCAAAUGUCAGCGCGGAUACAGCGGACACAACUGUCAAACGGAUGUCGACGACUGCUCUCCCAACCCCUGCUUGAACGGAGGCUCGUGUGUGGACAAGGUUGCGGGUUUUUCCUGCAGAUGUCGUCCGGGAUUUGAAGGGAAGCGCUGUGAGACGGACGUGAACGAAUGCGCCAGCGGCCCCUGCAAGAACGGGGCCACCUGCCACGAAUACGUGAACAGCUUUGUGUGCACGUGCCCGGAAGGCUUUAAGGGGAUUCACUGUGAGCACAACAUCCCAGAAUGCACUGAGAGCUCGUGCCUCAACAAUGGAACGUGCAUCGAUGGCAUCAACACCUUUUCCUGCCGCUGUCGCCCGGGGUUUCACGGGCGCUUUUGUGAGUACGAGCAUAACGAAUGUGACUCCCAGCCUUGUAAAAACGGAGGCAGCUGCACCGAUGGGCUCGGCACCUACCGCUGCACCUGUCCGGUGGGAUACAGCGGCUCCAACUGCCAGAACUAUGUGAACUUCUGCAAGGAGGUGCACUGUCACAACGGCGGCACCUGCUCUCAGACAGCGACCGCCUGGACGUGUCGCUGUCAGAUGGGCUGGACUGGACUUUACUGUGACGUUCCAAACAUGUCCUGUCAGGACUUUGCUGCCAGAAAAGGUGUGGAGGUGGAGAAUGUGUGUAAGAACGCGGGGCGGUGCCUGAACGUGGGUCAUUCCCACCAAUGCCAGUGUCAGCCGGGGUACACGGGCAGCUACUGCGAGGACAUGGUGGACGAGUGUCUGUCCAACCCCUGCCGGAAUGGGGCCACAUGCAAGGAUUACCAGGGGGCUUACGAGUGCAUGUGCAAACCCGGUUUCCAGGGGGUGAACUGCGAGUACGACGUGGAUGAGUGCCACUCCAAGCCGUGUCUGAAUGGAGGAAGAUGCAUCAACCUCAUCAACCGCUUCACCUGUUCCUGCCCACCUGGAACGCAUGGUGUGCAGUGUGAGGUCAACGAGGAUGACUGCGCCCCCCGGCCCGGCUCGUCGGAGCCGCGCUGCCUGAACGGGGGUCAGUGUGUAGACGGCGUGGGCCGUUACACCUGCUCCUGCCCCCCGGGCUUCGUUGGAGAACACUGUGAGGGGGAUGUCAACGAAUGCCUGUCUGCUCCCUGCCACGCCCCCGGUACCCUCGACUGUGUGGAGCUGGUCAAUGACUACAGGUGCCUCUGUCGCCUUGGUUACACAGGUCGUCAUUGUGAGGCUAUGGUGAACCUGUGUGUGUCCAAACCGUGUCGUAAUGGGGGGGUCUGCUCCAUGAACAGCAGCUCAGUGCAAGGAUACACCUGUUCAUGUCGGCCCGGUUUCACCGGAUUAAGCUGUGCUGAAAUUCAGGACUUCAGCUGCGCGGGGCUGCACUGUCGGAACGGGGGGCGCUGCCUCCUGUCCAGCGGCCAGCCGCUCUGCCAUUGCCCGCCGGGCUUCAGCGGGCCUCACUGCGAGAACGAACAGAGGUGCUCCGUCGUCUGCCAGAACGGAGGCACCUGCGUGAAAGACCCGGCCAACCCCUUCCAGCACAGCUGCCGCUGCCCGCCCUUCUUCUCUGGCCACUACUGCGAGAAGAGCGCGGCGGUGGCACGCACCCCCUCUUGCCCCCAGUGCGAGCAUUUGUCGGGAGACAAAGUGUGCGACAGUCAGUGCAACAACCAUGAGUGUCAGUGGGACGGGGGGGACUGCUCGCUCACCUGCCCGCAGCCAUGGGUCAACUGUACCGCCAGCGUCCAAUGCUGGGACCUCUUCCAAAAUGGGAAAUGCGAUCAAGAAUGCAACAACGCUUUGUGCCUCUUUGACAGCUUUGAGUGCCAGGAGACGCCCCCCAGCAUCUGCAAGUAUGACAAAUACUGCAAAGACCACUAUGGAGAUGGCAUCUGCGACAAGAGCUGCAACCACGAGGCCUGCGGCUGGGACGGCCUGGACUGUUCCAGCCACAUCCCCGCAAAUUUGGCCAUGGGAACCUUGGUCAUUGUGGUUCGGCUUCAGCCCGAGGAGCUUCUUGGAGAUUUGAGGGGCUUCCUGCGGUCUCUUGGGGCCCUGGUGCACUCCAACCUUCAGGUGAAGCGGGAUGACAACAAUCAGCCGAUGGUGUUCCCUUACUACGGCGUGGACGACAAGCACGGACAACGAUCACAGGAGAGACGAGGGAAGCGAGAGCUGGAGAAGGAGGUCAUUGGCUCAGUGGUUUACCUGGAGAUUGAUAACCGCGAAUGUUCACGGACCUCCUCGCACUGUUUCUCCCACACCGAGAACGUGGCGUUCUUCAUCGCAGCAACUCACAUCAAGAAACCUGAGCUCCCGUACCCUCUGGUGUCCGUCGAUAGCAUAGGCCCAGGCCCUCCCAAACCCUCAAUGCUGAUGUAUCUGGUGGGGGCGGGCGUGGUGGUCAUUCUGCUCAUUCUGGUGCUGGGGGUGCUGGCCGUCAAACGGAAGCACAAACACGGCGCCCUGUGGCUUCCCGAAGGCUUUGUGGUCUCCAACAACGAUAAGAGGAGGGAGCCUGUUGGACAAGACGACUUUGACAUGAAGAACUUUAAGACGCAGGAUGGAGGCUUGAUGGACGGAGGCCAAAGUCAGAGAUGGCAUGAAGACGAAGCCCCGCCCAAGAAGAGCAGAACGGAGGACAAACCUUUGCUGCCCAUCACUAUGGAUGGAGGUGUGGAUCAGAGGGAAUGGACCCUGCAGCAUCGCAAAGCGGCUGAUAUUAGCCACACCCCUCCACAGGACGACCUGGAUGCUGGCUGUCUGGACGUUAAUGUCAAAGGACCUGAUGGGUUCACCCCCCUGAUGGUAGCCUCCCUGCGUAACGGCGGGGGCCUGGACUGCGGCGUGCACGUAGAAGAAGAGGAAGAGAGUGGAGACGAACCCGGGCCCAGCAUCAUUUCGGACCUGAUUGCUCAGGGGGCGUCUCUGAUGGCCCAGACGGAUCGGACGGGAGAAACCGCCUUGCACCUGGCUGCCCGCUACGCCAGAGCCGACGCCGCCAAGAGGCUGCUGGAUGCUGGAGCCGACCCCAACGCUCACGACAACAUGGGCAGGACCCCGCUGCAUGCCGCGGUGGCCGCUGAUGCUCAGGGAGUCUUCCAGAUUCUCAUCCGGAAUCGAGCAACAGAACUGGACGCCCGGAUGAACGACGGCACGACGCCUCUCAUCCUGGCAGCCAGGUUAGCAGUGGAGGGCAUGGUGGAGGAGCUCAUCCACUGCCACGCCGACAUCAACGCCGUGGACGACCACGGUAAGUCUGCUCUGCACUGGGCAGCUGCCGUCAACAACGUGGAGGCCACUCUGGUGCUGCUGAAGAACGGAGCCAACCGGGACAUGCAGGACAACAAGGAGGAGACGCCGUUGUUCCUCGCAGCUCGAGAGGGCAGCUUUGAGGCGGCGCAGGUUCUUCUGGACCACUACUCCAAUCGGGACAUCACUGAUCACAUGGACCGCCUCCCCCGUGACACCGCCCAGGAGCGCAUGCAUCAUGACAUCGUCCGCCUGCUGGACCAGUACAAUCUGGUCCACAGCCCACACGGCGGGCCCAACCACAUGGCUGGCGGGGGAAACUCCUCUGUGAUGUGUGGGGCCAACGGAGGGGGCUACAUCGGCAUACGUCCCGGACCUCAGGGCAAGAAGAGCCGGAGGGGCGGGGGAGGAGCCAAGGCGGGAGGCGUCGGAGGAGGGGCUAAAGAGCUGAAAGACAUGAAGUCAAAAAGAAGAAAGAAACCAGCAGGUGGAGAGGCUUCCAGUUCAGGAACUGGAGGGGGAGCAGGAAAUGGGGGAGGGGCGGGGGCCACAAACGGCCUGAAGUCUGCGGGAGGGCUUCCAGAGAGCUCCGUCACCAUGUCGCCCGUGGACUCCUUGGAGUCCCCGCACUCCUACACGGGCGAUGCCUCCACCACGGUCACCACCACCGCAAACUCGCCGACCCUUCUGAGCAGCCCCGCCUCCAGGCAGAUGCUCCCCCCCGUCAGUCACAUGCUGGGACAACAGCCCGGCUGGGGGGGCAUGAACAAGCACGGCUACAACAGCCACAUCUUCGGCCUGGUGUCGCACCAGAUGGGAGGAUCCCACCACGGCAUGGGCCAACACCACAGCCAGCCCCCCAUGAUGACGCCCAUGAACGUCACCAUGAGCCGGGAGCAGCUGCCCCCCAUAGUCACGUUCCAGAUGAUGGCCCCCGGAGCUGGCCAGCCCAUGCUGAAGCAGCCCCAGGUGCAGGUCACUCAGUCCCACGGGCAGAGCCAGGUCCACGGUCAGCGGGGACCGGGCCCCAUGCACUGCGGCCCCGGCCUCAUGUACCAGAUGUCUGAUCAAAUGGGCGUGGCUCAUGGGCUGUCCCACCCCCUGCAGCACCACUCUGCCCACGGCCACGCCAGCCACGCUGGGAUAGAUGCUCAGUCUCGACCCCUGCCUUCCUACCCAACCAUGCAGAGCCCCGUGGAUAAAUACCCCACUCCCCCCUCCCAGCACAGCUACACCACCGCGGGGUCAGAGGGCACAACCCCGGGACAGUCGGCCCACCCGCCGAGUGAGCACCCGUACCUCACUCCUUCCCCGGAUUCUCCCGAAGCUUGGUCCUCCUCGUCUCCGCACUCCAACUCAGACUGGUCUGACGUCACCACCAGCCCCACCCCGCUGGGAAACUCCCAUCAUGCACGGCCCCCCUCCCAGCACACGCACAUUCCAGAGCAGAGGCAGGCGCAGCCGGCCUCUCAGCAGCCGCAGAUGGGGAACAUGCAGGUGUUUGCGUAGACCCAAAGCCCGCCGGUCUUUAAGCACCUGGACAUUUCUGAUUCUUUGUUUACGAUAAUCAGCCCCGCCCCAUGAAAUCGUGUCCUUGCACUUAAACUGUGUAACGUUUCUACGUUUUUUUGACGGUUGUCGACUAAAAUCCUGACUUUAGAACUUCUUUGGACAGAAUUUCUCUCCCCGAAACAAGCAAUUUUCCUGGAUCAACCCGACUUCUGGAGACUUUCACGACCUAGUCUUUGGAUUGUUCUAGGAUAACUGUGGAACGUCACCACAAAGAGAGCGGCCUUGGAUACGGGCGCUGAGGCGGGCCUUAAGAUGUCAGACGAUGCCAUCAUGGAAAUUCUAGUUGUUCCAGUUUACUCUCUGUGUUUUUGUCGCCUCUACUGAUGCCAACUUGCAUUUUCCACCGUUGCUAUGACGACCACGCUGCUCCCGUUUGUGAUGGAGGAUCCUGAUGCUGUUUGUUUGAUGAUGUUUCUACACACAGAGUUUACGAAAUGCAGGUUGUGCAGGAGGUGUGAAGCCAGGGGCGGCAACUCAAACACCCACACCUGAGCGACACCUGCCUCUGUGAAACCACUAUUCCUGACUGGAGGCUGAAGGUUCACACAGUCACGCCAAAAACCCUGAUAUUGAUGCUAGCAGAUGGAACUGAGCUGUCGUGUCAUUAAAUGUACAUAAACGUAAAGCACACUCUGCUUGUUGUAGCCGAGCUCAACCUGUGAUGGGCUCCUGAGGCUGGAGGAUGGAGUUGCUCGUUUUUAGCUGUCCGCCGCCGCUUUGACGUCAUAUUAACAUCUCUGCUUAUCUGCAAUCAUAUCUGCACUUUUCAUGCUGAACGCGCCCGAGGAGGGGCUCCUGUUGUUCUGUGUGUGGGUGGGCGGGGCCUCGGCUCGUUAAACACGGACAAUCGUUUACCGUUUAAGUGUUGGAAGCUUUAAAAAGAGCAGAACAUGUGAGAACGAGUGGGCUUCCAGAUGUUUGCUCAUUCUUCUGGAAAAAUGUUGUCAAAGUUCUGAUCCAGAUCUCCCAUCAUGCACCAGCCAAACGUCACGUUCACGAUGAUGUGGGUCACCUGGGAGAACACCUCAGCCACGUCACCUGUGGGACUGAAGCCACACCCGCCUCCGUCAUGUGUAAAAUGUACUUCCUGUCUGCCAGAUGUUCUUCUGUUAAUCAUUUUUUUAUCAAGCUAGUCGCCAUGUUUGUAGAAAGUAGAACUAAGAACCAGUAGACGUUUUAAUAAUAAAAAACAAAUCUUUGUA